ACAUUUGUCUUUCCUCAUUUCACAACCCACACUCCUACCCCUAAAAAUACACGUACUUCACCCACAGAACCACUACCUCACGGCCUUUUAUUUCCUUUUCUUUUGGGCUGAAUCUUCUAACCUACUUAAAAAAAAAAAAAAUAUUCCCCAGCAUGCUGUUAUCUCUCAUUAUAGCACCAGGAAGGUGUGCUGGGGCCAAAUUGGGCACAAUGGAAUUUGCCAUGGGGAAACCCGCUGAUGACAGCGGAACCCGCCCGCGUGUGAAUUCCCGCGGCUCCUGCAACCCCUUUAUAAGCAGGUGGAGGUGCGGUACGGCUGGCAGGACAAGCAGGGAGCAGCUGAGGACUCACCAGAGCACAGCUACUGUGUGGAGGAGAAAUGGUUGGCUUUAGCAGCAAGAGCUUGGUCCUGGUUUCCCUGCUGGGGCUCCUGGCACUGCUCCUGUGUGGCACCUCUGAAGCACACAGCAACCAGGAUUGCUGUCUCUCUUACACCAAAGUGCGUCUGCCUCGGUGGGCCCUAAAGGGCUAUACUGAACAGCUCUCCAGUGAAGUCUGUGACAUCCAUGCAAUCAUUUUCCACACCUACAGCGGGCUGAAUGCCUGUGUAAAUCCUAGGGAGGGCUGGGUGAAGAAGCAUCUUCUGUUCCUGAGCCAUAAGCUUAAGAAGAUGUCAAUGUGAUAUGGUUUCCAGCAGGGAACUAAACACAGAUGUGGCUGAAGCACCACUAGGCUCAGUGUUCUGGUUGGGAUCAUCAUCUUGUACAUUGAUGUGUGCUUCCUCACCACUAUCUCUGGCUUUUUCAGAACCGUUGAACUUCUUGGGUUGAUUCAUAUUGCAUCACUCUUUUGCUUGAAUUAAGCAUUUUGUUAAAGCUUCUAUUUUUACUAAUACAUCUAUGUUACUAAUGUGACAUAACAGUUCUGUUUAGUAAGGACUACUACUGUAAGCUGUUGUACAGAGUAUGAAAUUUGUUCAAGUUUAUUGCAUGUUAUUUUUGUUAUUUUCAGCAUGUGUAAAGUGGGUUAUUUAUUCUGUUUAUUUUGUUACUUCUUUGGCACUGUUUUGUGCCAAAAUGUUUCAUUUUAGCUGUAGUCAGCAUUAGAACACUUCUUGAACUAUUGUUAAAUAAAGUCUGCUUGUGGAAAAAAUGGAAAUUGGAGUUUAAAAAAAAUGUUAAA